AUGACUGAUCGCGAGGCCAUCUACCUCCCCCCGUCAGAGCUUGCUGCUCGAUACAAAGCGGGGAUCCAAAGCUCAGCGCCCAUCCAACCCCACCCUUCGGCCCGCGUUCCUGGCUCGACUCUGAUCAAGAAGGUGGAGAACUUCUACGUACGUCCACGAUGGCUCUUCGUGCGUAUCGAGACGGAAGGCGGCGUCGUAGGUUGGGGCGAAGGCACGUUGGAGGGUCACACCGAGGCCGUCCAAGGCACGCUGAAAGACAUUGAGCGCCGCAUCGUCGGUUGGGAUGCGCUUAACGUCGAGGACAUCUACACGUACCUGUACCGGCACCGCUUCUACAGAGGUGGCGAGGUGCUCAUGUCGGCGAUGUCUGGCAUUGACAUUGCGCUAUGGGACAUCAAAGGGAAGGUCCUCGGCGUGCCCGUCUGGCAGCUUCUCGGAGGCGCAGUGCGCGAGCGCUGCGAGGUGUACGGGUGGGUCGGUGGCGACCGUCCGUCCGACGUGCUGGAGCAGGCCAAGGUGCGCAAGGCGCAGGGCUUCACGAAAGUGAAGAUGAACGCGACAGAGUCGAUCGGGUGGCUAGACUCCCCGCACGCGCUUGAUGAAACCGUUCAGCGCCUUGCAGACAUCAAAAGUCUGGGCAUGGAUGCGGGCUUGGACUUCCAUGGCCGUGUCCACAAGACAAUGGCCAAGCAGCUCGCGCAGCAGCUCGAGCCCCACCGCCCGCUUUUCAUCGAGGAGCCGUUGCUUCCAGGCCUCGUCAACGAGAUGAAGGACUUGUACAACAAGACUUCGAUACCCAUCGCGAACGCCUCUUCACCCGCGCUGAUGUCCGCCCAUACUUUGAGGCGGGGUGCAUCGACAUCAUUCAGCCUGACAUUGCGCACGCAGGCGGCAUCUCGGAGACGCGCAAGAUUGCUAUCAUGGCCGAGGCGUAUGAUAUCGGUGUUGCUCCGCACUGUCCGCUAG